UCCAGCCAUGCUUGGUUUGAACAUGGCGGCCACACUCGCUUUGUAAACGGCUGCUGGGAGUGCUGUGACUCUACAAGUUGAGUUGAGAGCGAAAGCGAGGGAGAGAGAACACUGAGUGCGGAUAACAGCGUGCGCGUAUGUCUCCAUUGCUAUAAUGUCUCUGACGGAAUCUCCGAGUCGUUUCAGCUGUUCGCUCGUCGCUGAGGCCAAGCGCAUUUACGAGCUUUUCACCGUACCCGGUUGCCUCGCCUCAUUGUCGUCCUGAGACCCGUCACCUACCUCCAGCUGCUCAGCUUUGCACAACGUAGACACUCUCGUCCGUAUUCGAUAGUUCAACUUGUUCGUGCCCUGCUGCAUUGCUGCACUGCUGCAUUGCUGCACUGCUGCACUGUUGCACAUUGCAUCUGUAAACAAUUGUCGAGGAAUCAGCUUUAUUGCAGGAAAAAAUAGAGCCUCGCUCGUCAGUCUUUCAGUAAGUUCUACAAAUCACUGCAAGAAAGAGCUGCAUGUUCAUUGAACUCUUUUUUUCUGGGCAUGGCAUUGUAAAUGAGGAAACUUGAGAUAUUGCUCAAAUUGUUGCAUCUCUCAUCUCAGACCCAGUUGUCAAACUGUUGAAAAUAGGCGAGAAAUCAAUAACUGAAUUGGCAGAUUGCUCUUUCCCGCAGUUCACGCAAUCAAUUUAUGAUUUAGAGCAAGGCUAAUCAAUUACAUUUUUCUCCUAGGAUCUUUUUCAGCUAUAGUUGCUAUAUUUAAAGUAAUUGUCGACGCUCCGGUUACGUGAAAAUUCACCCUUUUCAAAGACAAAACAAAACAAUCUCUCGAUCAAUUACCGUACAUGAUCAGAACGUGAUCUACGGUUCGCAAUAUAGCAAUUAUAGUUGGAAAGAAUUUUGGGAAGAAAAAUUUAUUUGAUCACCCUGACUUCAGAUGAUAAAUCAAUAAUUGUGCCACUAAGUUCAAAGUUUAAAAUAACGAUGAAUAGCUGGUGCAAAACGAGAAAUUUAGAUAAAACAUAGAGAUAGUCUAACGGGCGAGUAUCUCGCCGAAUCAGAAUCGGAUAUAGAAACAACCCUAAUAGAUCAAUCAUCAAUACUUAAGCCACACUAAUGCGCACAGAUAUGGCAGAAACUCAGCGUAUAACAACUUAUGGUAGAAAGCCAUCUUGUGCAAACAAUGCUCGAUUGGAAGCUAGAAGAGCCAGAAGGCUCGAAAUGAUACAAGAAAGGAAUAGGAAAUCCGACAAACCAGACGAUUUUGUUUGUUAUGAAUCGAGUGACGAUGAAGAGGAGUCUGUUAUGGAUGGCAAGCAAUUUUUGAAAACGUCAUUCAAUUUCGUAGAUUACGUAAGAUCGAGAGAAACUAAUACAAGAGAAAUUCGGAAAAUUAACCAAGAAUUUGGCUCUCGUCACAUAUUAAGUCACGACCUGUUCAAAGAAUAUUCCGUUAGUUUGAAUAACAUGAAUAAAGUCUUUUGUUCUCAGUGGCUCAGUGAUAGACAAGUUGUAUUUGGCACAAAGUGUAACAAACUAAUGGUCUAUGACGUUGCUACGCAAAAAUUAGAUCAGAUUCCAUCACUUCAUGGUAGACAAAAUUCGUCCAGAGGUCCGGGAAACAUAGAGCAGCAAUGUGGAAUUCAUUCUGUACAGAUAAAUCCCUCGCGAACUUUGCUAGCGACUGGAGGACGGAACAGUACGGAAAUAGCAAUUUAUAGACUGCCAACAUUAGAUCCCGUUUGCGUAGGAGAAUCUGGGCAUCAAGACUGGGUUUACGAUAUGUGUUGGAUAGAUGAUGAAUUUCUAGUUUCGGGUUCAAAAGAUACGCGAAUGGCUCUGUGGCAGAUUGAUAGUGAUUUAUCUGAGGCCCCCGAUAAAGCGGAUAUACCAUCUCAUAGAUUAAUUCAACCAGUUACUGUGAAAGAGUGUAGAUCGGCUCAAAAAGUACGAUCUUUACUUUUCAAUAAAGCAUACAAGGAGAUAGCUGUUUUGUCGAUGAAUUGUUUUAUUCAUAUCUGGUCUGCCGAAUCUUUCAAGCAAAAAAUUUCUCGAAAGUUGCCAGCUUGCCAAGAUAAUGUAUGCUUAGCUGUUCACGAUGAUGGUUUAUAUGCAGUGGGAUGCCGAUCGUAUACAUUACUACUUGAUGCAAGAACGUUACAACCGAUAAAAAAAGUACCAUCAAGGUACAGCGGUUGCGGCAUAAGAUCUGCUAGUUUUCAAGGUUCCGUUUUAACGAUUGGUACCGGGCUUGGAAUGUUGAUGUUUUACGAUAUAAGGGCUCAGAAAUAUCUGGAAUCAUCAAUAAAUUCUAACAGAACCGUCAUGCUGAAGGCUUCCAAAGGCUAUGUGUUUCCAGAUGAAGAUUAUAUAGAUGGAUUUCAAAACGUUAAGUACACGCCUGCCAUCUACACUCAUUGCUAUGAUGCAUCGGGGACUCGAUUGUUUUGCGCUGGAGGUCCACUCCCGACAAAUUUGUAUGGAAAUUAUGCAGGUUUAUGGCAAUGAGCUUGUACGCUUCUAGCGUCCAUUGACUUUCUCCUUUCCAUUCAUACUUUGUGCAUUUCAAAGUGACAAUAUCCAGUUGAAGAACAGGUCAAGUUUGUGGACGUUUUAUUUUUAUAAAAGCGGAGAAAAAUUAGCCGCAAAUCUGAGUUGUGCAGUGUAGUGCUUUUAUACGUUAAGGAUGUUCAAUGAUUAUAUAAAGGUUAAGGGAACUUUCUAAUUUAUUUUAAAUGCUUAACUUAACCGCUCUACGAACUGAGAUGCCUUGAUCACCAUUUCAUCUAGGCAAAUUCCGAUGAAAAUUAAAUCACAAGUUGAUCUCUUGUGCAAAGACUCUUAUAAAGAGCAGCUUCACAAAAAUCAGUCACCUAUAGAACGUAAAAUUAUAAAUAAUUGAGAGAUUGUUGUCAAAAACGUAACACACAGAGAAUAAAUUUUAAUAAAUGUGACGGAAAGUUUGAAACGAGAUAACCGAUAAAAAUCUUAAGUAAUUGAAUGAAACUUGAGUGGAAAUUCGAGUUUGUAAGUUGUACCGGGUGGUGCGCAAGGAGCGGACCGGGACGAGCCGUGAGGCGAAUACAGCUCGUUCUAUCGCUCCCGCACAACACCAUCGAACAUCCUUAAGCCUAACUUGUAAAAAUAGAUUAAAUUUUAAAGCUAGGUUCGUUUGGACUAGAGCUUUUGAAAUCACACUAUGAAUUUUGCGCUUAUUUUGCAAAGCUCACUAGGAAAGAUUUUUAUUACAUGAAAAUUGUUUGCAUGCCGAGGAACUCGUCAUUUUCAAUUUUAUAAGAUAUAUUCUCAUCAUAAACAUAGGUAUAAAGAGUAGAUUGCCAGCAAAACUAUGCAAUGUAGGUAUGUAAUGAAACGGCCUUGCAAUUUCAAUAAGCAAUUGACAGUAUGGACCAUUUUUCAUACAUCUUUAAUUCGAAAUUCCUUAAUCAGGUUUAUCAAUUGAUUGAAUUUCAAUUGUUAAUUUUUUAAAGUUUAAUUAAAGAAACCAAGUGAUUGUGAUUACAUUAUUGAAAAACGUCGAUAGACAAGUACUAAAUUCUUUGCCAGCAUUAUAACUAUGUUACUUUACUUUAUUACGGAAAUAAUGAGUAAAUUGCAUUAAUUAAAAUUAAUUUAUUUUAAUAUCAUGCAUAAUUAUCAAUUUUCAUCGUAUUAUUAUAUUAUAUCCAUGGCCAAUAACAGCAACUAUUUGAGAGCUGCAAACAGAAGACUUGUUUAAUCGGAAAAUCAACAAUAUGUGACGGUCUUUGCAUAAAUUUACGAGAUUUUUAUUUUAUAAAAAUGAAAAUUCUAGUUAGAAUUGGUAGGUAACUUUUGAUCGCUAUUUUAAGAAAUGGCCACAAUUGUUUUAAGACCAACAGAAUGCAUAAACUGUGAUUGUAUAAAUGCGUUUUAUCGAGUGCAAUCGAAACAAUAAUUCCUUUUUUGUAUACAUAGAGAAACUACAAAUUAAUACAUUAUGUAACUACAACCCCCCUAUUCGCAAAGAAAAUAUUUUUUACUUCGUCGUAGACAUACGGGUGAUAUCUUCAAGUACGAAAAAAACCCUCAUUGACGAAAGUUUUCCUCGUGCUCGUAGCUUUAAUCAUAUUGUUUUAUUAUAUUCAUAAUUCUUUUUCUUUUAAUUACUUGGAGUAUUUGUUAUUUUUCUUAUUUAUUGCUGUUAAUGUUUAUAAUGCGAAAAUGAACUUAUACGUUAUAAAUUUUAAAUAAUAAUUCUUCUUUAUCGAAUCUCGCCAAGCCAAUUUUUUUAAUUUAUGUCGCUUAAACCCGUUGAAAUCGAUUGUUUUUUUGCUAUUGGCAUAAUUAUCAAUUCGGACAUCUCGAAAUGUUAGUCCUGCUUACUGCAUAAACAGUACAGAUAUUUAACAUUAUGCAAUAAAUGUACUAUUUAUAAAGAACUGAACUCGAAAAAGCUUUAAUCAUUGUACAGUUAAAAAAGAUGAUUUUAAUCCGGUUUACAUUAUAAUUUAAUAGUUUGAAUUUAAUGUGAACUGUAAGCGAAAGAGUACUGUGUAUGAAAAUAUUUCUGUGAUGUUAAACUUUUCUUUUAAUUAAAAAAAUUGGUUGUCUACACUCCAGUAUGAGCAACGAGCACUACUUUUGGCUGUACUUUAUUCGUUACUUUAUUGUUUAUUAUAAAACAUGGUGAAUGCUGUCCCUGAAGUACAUUAUUUAAAAAUGUGAACUUUUAGGUUCAUGUAUCGUGCGAAAUUAGAUUGUACAUACAUACAUAAGUUAGUAGCUAAAAAUUAAAACGUAAAAUAGAGAUGUGACUGAUUGAUGAUCAAAUUGAAAAGCACUCAAGACUGAUGAUAAAAACAGAAUCAUUCAUGAAAGCAGAAAAAAUAAAUAUCUUCAAAGUAUGUAUAAAGCACACCAAAACAUAUGUUUUCUCCCUUUAUAAACAAGCGAUGGAUGCCAUAUUAAAACCAGUUUAAAACGUUUCAUUUGUGAUCAGAUUGGCUAAGGACUGGCCACCUAACAUACUGUUAUGUGACAGUAAAUAAGCGCGCAUGUACGAUUUCGAGUUGAAAUUUUUUAAUAGUAAAAAUUCAAUUUAUCAUAAUUGAUACAGAUCAUUAUUUUCAAAAUAAUGAAAGUAAAAAAAAUAGGUUGCAGUGGUAUUGUUUUAACACAUUUCAUAGAACUAGCAGAAAAUAGAUCGUUUCGAAAUAAAAAAAAGAUUAUGCUUUGGAUUUGUUCUGAUAUAAUGAUGUCGCAAUUUUUAUUCAAAGAGAUAGGAUAAACGUUUAAUAGUGAUUUGACCUAUAAAGUUGAAAAAACUAAAAGAUUAUUUAUAUCAGUUUUCUGUUUAAUAAAUCAGGAAUUAUACCAGGAACUGUUUUGCUAAUAAACAUUUUUCCAAUGAUGUGUAUUUUGUAAAAAAAUUGAAGAAUCCAUCUUCGAAAAAAAUAACUUAUGUAGAAUAUAUUGAUUAAUAUGAUAAGAAAUGAAAAAGAAGAUAAGAGCACGCAAAGCGGGUCGACAUCACUAGCACUGUAAAUGGAGAAAUUAGUCUUCCUGAUAUCAGCUUAGUUUAAUAUAAUUUAAAUCAAUUUCGCCUCCUUUUGCCGAUUAAAAAAAAUGUUUAAACCUUUGUUUUCUGAAGCGUAUAACAACCUUGAUCUGUCAUUCUUUUUCAUUUGGGAUAUAGAAUUCUUAUUUGACUUAUGAAAUGAUCGUUUCUUAUUAUGUUUGUAAUACGUAGGAAAACUUUUUUAUAAAAUAUGUGAAGUAUACUAACAAGAUAGUAAAAGGCGAUGUCAUUGUUCUGUUUGAUCGACCUUUUGUCAGGCCCUAUUUUCUCAUGAAAUACGCAACGAAAAGUGUUCGUACUUGACCAAAUACUUUAUUGUUAACAAAUGCAACCAAGAAUGGUCGACUCGUUGACGAAAUCGAAUACGUCUAUGUAUAUUUUGGUGUGCUAUAUAUUUAUAUAGAAGGAACUUAAUGGAGAUGAAUGACAGCAAGUGCGUGGUCAGCUGACUGAGAAGUAGUUUGAAAUUUUCAAAAUUUAACGAAACAGAAAAAAUGAAUGAGACUAAGCAGUAAAUAUGACUUGCAGUGAAAUUUGCGCAAGGCGAAUCCUCGUUUGUGACGUGUGUUAUUUUAUACUUUUAUGAAAUUUUUUUGAAAAGCAAACUAAAGCGUAUAAUAUCAAUUAUACCUGUAG